UAUAGUAUUUUUUUUAGAAAUUUCACACAUAUAAUAUAUAAAUAUAAAAAAUUCUUUAAAAUGUUAUUGCUGUUUUUUCAUCCUCUCUCAUGCAAUUAAUGACCAAUUGUGAAUAUUGGUCACGUUAUUCAGAAAGAGACAAUAUUGUCUGUACUUUCUGUACUUAAAAUAAGACAGACAUAUAUAAUUGUGGAAAAAGGAGAGAGAUGGUGCAAGGUGCAGAACAAUUUAAAAAACGAAUGAGCCUAUCUACACUUUCUACACUUUACUGCACAGUGACAGCAUAAUCAUAUGUUUCUUUCAAAACGAGGAGCGAGCCUCUCAUCACGCGCGGAAAACAAUGAAUGAAACGAGUUGAAACUUACUGAAAGGGAAUGGAAGUCGACGAUCCGCGUGAAUACGAUCGAAAAAUUGUCUCCUUCCAAGACCUCGGUAGGUUUAAGUUGACAGAGAGGAAAUAUAACGACGAUUCUCUUAACAUUUAUACAGCGAGGCUAAAUGACUUGCGGGAGGAUACAUUACGCAGAGCGAAACUAAAAUGGAUCAACCAUUCACAUGUGGAGAUUUCACGCCUGACCCUAGAAAGCCCAGGGCAGUCUUAUAUUUUGGUAGGGGUGCUUUACAAGGAUCAGAGGCUGAAAUCCUCCUUGCUGCGCGACCUCAGCAAGGAACUGCAGCUGGAACCUCAGCCGAGUACCAAUUACGCAUCGGUCAACGACAAAUUAUUUCUGGAGGAUGAAACGUUACGUGUGAGAUUAGUGGGAAACCACUUGAACAUACAGGAAGUAGUCACAGGGCUCGUGUGUGCGGUACUCGGGCAUGAAUUAGACAACGGAACAUUCUGGGUAGAGGAUUGGUGUUUUCCAGGAUACAACCCGAAUCCUUCCAGUACGAGCAGCUCGUUGGUAGAAGAUGGGAAAAUUCUAUUAGUGUCUGGAUUGGAUCUAGUUAAUAAUACAGAUGAACUUAGUUUAGAUUUAUUCUCGGAAUGGAUAACUGGAAUGGCGGGAUACGCUAAUGCACAGAAAGAGGAAGCAGGAAUUGCCAGAAUUAUUAUCGCUGGAAACACUAUUCGUAGUUCCGCGAAGAUAUACAGUCACAAAGGCUAUCAUGAGAUCAAGUCGCACGAUCAGCUUAGGAUCAAGGAGGACAUAAUAGCGAUGCACAAACUCGACACUUUUCUCAGCAAUAUCCUUCAUUGCUGCUGCGUCGUGUUAAUGCCAGGAGAAUUCGAUCCCACUUGUAAUUACAGCAUGCCUCAGCAGCCUUUCCAUCCAUGUACUUUACAGAAAUCAGCUAGAUGUAAUAUAUAUACAUACAGAUUUAAAAGUAUGCAUGGUGCGACUAAUCCUUGGGUUGCAAACAUUGGGGGUCGGAUUGUGGCUGGUUCCUGUGGCGGACCGAUCAUAGACGUUAUGAAAAUCGCUGGAUUAUCUCAGCUGUCUUCGUUAGAAUGGCUGGAGCGUACAUUAAUCUGGAGGCACUAUGCUCCAACUGGUCCUGAUACGCUUCCGCUUUAUCCUUUCUUCAAAAACGAUCCAUUCGUUAUGAACGAAUGGCCGGAUAUAUAUUUCGCUGGAAAUAUGGAUGAAUACGAUACAAAAUUAGUUACAGCUGACGAAGGGCAUGUGGUGAGAUUGAUUUGCAUUCCAAAAUUCUCGGAAACAAAAAUAGCGGUGCUAGUCAAUUUACAAGACUUGACGACGCAGCCUAUUUCGUUCGGUAAUGGGCUGAUAUAAUUUGUACAUAAAAUAAUUGUUUACUCUAUAUUAUAUUAUUGCAAUGAAACUCUAUAUCAUUGCAUUGAAUAACGCAAUGUUGUAUAUCUCCACUUAAGGGGAAUAUAAAAGAUUAAUGUAAAAAUUUAAUCAAGAAUUUUUCAAAUAUAUAAUUAAAUUUAUUUAUCUGAAUAUAUGUUAUAACAUAUAUUUUAUAUAAUAAAUAUAUAUUUAUUUAUUAUAAUUACGUAGCCCGCGUUUGUCAUUACAUAUAUAAUGACACAUUACCUAAACUUAUAAUAAAGAAUAAAAAUAUAAAAGAACAUAAUUUCUUAUAAAGUUAUAACAAAUAAGAUAUAAUUUCGUAAACUAUUCGCUAUGCAAAAGCCUAUAAAAAUUAUAUAGUUUUUAAAUUUCUUCACACAUAUACAUAUAAACAUUUGUAAUAAUACAACAUUUCUCUAAAUAAUCCUUUCUGUACAUUGUUUAUUAUCGAAAAAUAAUAUAAUGUUACAGAUGAAAUAAAAUACUGUAUAACAUUA